AUGAAUCGUGAUUGGAUGUAUGUUGAAAAUCGAACUCAACCCGAGUUCUUGAACGGGAUUGAGGAAUUUUGUAGAACUGCUAUUGAACACCAGAGGACUACUAAAGGGGAAACAAUCUUUUGCCCUUAUCGUGAUUGCAACAAUGUGAAGAAGUGGAAGGAAAUUAGUGUGGUUGAAAACCAUUUAUUUCGCCGUGGGUUCAUGGCAAAUUAUACCAUUUGGUAUUGGCACGGUGAGAAAAUAAUUCCUACAACUAGUAGGUCAUCAAUCAAUGAUGCUGAUAUGGAGAAUAGAGAACAACAUGAUGAUAAUGAAAAGGAUACCGAUGAAAAUUUUGAGGAGGAUCGCAUUCCUGAGAUAAUGGAUGGUUUUGGUGAUCAUGUGAACGAAAAAUCUCGUAUGUUUGAAAAUGUGUCAAAGGCCGCCGAGACACCUUUAUAUCCUGGAUGUGCAAAGUACUCUAAGCUUUCAGGGGUUUUAACAUUAUUUAACUUGAAAGCAAAGAACGGUUGGACUGAUAAAAGUUUCAAUUCGUUGUUAGAAGCUUUAUCAGACAUGCUUCCUGAAGGGAAUGACAUUCCUAAGUCUACCUACUAUGCAAAGAAGCUAUUGUGUCCCUUAGGUCUCGAGUACACGAAGAUCGAUGCAUUUCCUAAUGAUUGUUGCGGUAUUGAUCGCUACAAGCGCAAGGGUUCAAACCCCAAUCGCAAGAAGUGGCCACCAGCUAAGGUGUUAUGGUAUCUGCCUAUAAUACCGAGGUUUAAACGACUUUUUUCUAUCAAGAAGGAUGCAAAAAACUUGGUGUGGCAUGCACAAGAGAGGAAGAAAGAUGGGUACAUUAGGCAUCCCGCUGAUUCGAAGCAAUGGAAACAUAUUGAUGAUACAUUUCCAGAGUUUGGUAAAGAGGUUAGGAACCUGAGAUUUGCAUUAAGUACCGACGGGAUGAAUCCUUACGGUACCCUUAUGGCCGGUGCUUUUGUCGAUUUAUAA